AUGCAUCUUUUAAACAUCGGUGUAAUAUUUGCAAUUUUUACAAAGUGCUCUUGCGAAGUGGAUUUUAGUGAUAGACCAAGAAAUUUCAGUAUUGAGCUGAUCCAUUUCACUCAACUGGAAACUGAUGGACAUAUUGUCAUUUCACCUUUUGGAAUCUGGACUCUUAUGAUUGGUGUUGCACUAGGAGCCACGGGAGAAAGCUAUAAACAACUAAGCCGAGCUUUCAUACUGCCAAGAAACGAAAAUGAGUUAAUAGAAGGAUAUAAGAAGCUCACCGAAACGGUGUUGAACCCAAAAACUAAAGGAGUUACAUUGACGAGUAAGAAUUAUGUGUUUUUAGACGAUGAUUUUGUAAUAUAUCCCCAGUUUAAACAGAUGGUUCAAGAAGAGUUCGACGCUACUGUUAAGGUUUUUGAUUUCGACAAUCCAAAUGCAGCCGCUAAGAAAGCAAAUAGUUACAUAAAGAAAACUGGAGGUGGAAGAAUGACUAAUGUUCUAACAUCUGAAGAUUUUGCUGAAUCCAGAAUGUUAAUAACAAACGUCAUAUCUUUCAAAGGACUGUGGAAUUCACCGUUCAACAAAUCGGAAACAACAGUACAACCUUUUUACAAUGAAGACAUGGAAAAGAUAGGUGAAGUGAAUAUGAUGUAUCAAGUGGCUCCAUUACCAUUCUCAAACGUACGUGAUUUAAAAGCUUUUGUAUUAGAACUCCCUUAUGGAGAUGACGACAAAUAUUCGAUGUUGUUCAUUCUUCCGCACAGAAAUGUGAAGCUAGCGGAUGUAUAUCAAAACUUCGCCAAAAUAAGUUUAAAAGAUGUACAACAAAAACUCGAAGACGAUAUAAAAAGAAUGGAUUUGGAAGACAUACAAAUUGAAAUACCUAGAUUUAAGAUAAGUACAAAUGUCGCUUUGAACAAGCCUUUGAAUAAUAUGGGUGUUUUUGACAUUUUUUACCCUGAAUUAGCUUCUUUUGAAAAAGUGACUAGUGAAGAUAUAUUUGUGUCAGCUGUUAUACAUAAAGCAGAUAUAGAUGUAACAGAAUCUGGUACAGUUGCGUCAGCAUUGACUACAGUUCAUCUUGCAGAUAGAAUAAGUACACCUAAAUUUACUGCUAAUAGACCUUUUUUGUACUUUGUUAUAGAAAAAACGACAACAACUGUUAUCUUUGGAGGAAUUUAUUCUAAACCUACUAUUUACUAA